UACUUUUCCGGCUUGGAAGAAGCAGUUGUUCGUAACAUUAAGGCUUGCAAAGAGUUUGCCCAAUCGGUUCGGUCAGCCUAUGGACCCAAUGGGAUGAAUAAAAUGGUUAUUAAUCAUAUCGAAAAGCAGUUUGUGACUAGUGAUGCGGCAACGAUUAUUCGGGAACUGGAUGUUGAGCACCCAGCUGCUAGACUGAUGAUUUUAGCUAGUCAAAUGCAGGACUCGGAAGUUGGAGAUGGGACCAAUUUUGUCAUUAUUUUGGCAGGCGCUUUACUAGAUGCUUCAGAAGAACUGAUUCGUCUAGGUGUAACUCCGACUGAAAUAGCGGAAGGUUUCGAGAAAGGUCUUGAAAGAGCUUUGGAAAUAUUGAAAUCUUUGGUUUGCUACACUGUUAAAGACAACCGCGAUGUAAAAGAAGUGACGCAAGCUAUUAAGACUUCGAUCGAAUCGAAACAGUAUGGAAAUGAGGAUUUUCUCGCCGACUUAGUCGCUAGAGCGUGCAUCUCAAUAUUGCCUGAGCAAACCAGCUUUAACGUGGAUAAUAUGCGAGUUUGCAAGAUUUUGGGAUCUGGACUUUUAAGUUCUCAGGUCGUGCAAGGGAUGGUUAUUAAGGGGCACGUUGAGGGCGAAAUCACGCAAGCUGAAGAUGCCAAGAUAGCAAUUUACAGUUGCCCAGUUGAUAUCCUGCAAACUGAAACUAAAGGUACGGUGUUGAUCAAAACUGCGGAUGAAUUGAUGAACUUCAGCCGGGGCGAGGAGAAUCUGUUGGAGUUGCAAAUUAAGUCAAUUGCCGAUGCGGGAACCAAAGUCAUUGUGGCUGGCGACAAAUUUGGCGAUAUGGCUCUGCACUACGUACACAAAUACAACAUGAUGGCCGUCAAGUUCAAUUCGCAAUGCGAUUUGAGACAGUUGAGCAAAACUGUAAAUGGCACUGUGCUGCCCAAACUGUCCACCCCAUCCCCUCAGGAAUUGGGCUAUUGCGAUUUGGUCUGCGUAGAAGAAUUGGGAGACACCCCGAUUGUGGCAUUCAGACAAAAGGGAAAAGAGUCUAGAAUAUCAACCAUACUGAUUAGAGGAGCCAGUGAUAAUUACAUGGACGAUAUCGAGCGAGCAAUCGAUGAUGGAGUCAAUACGUUCAAGGGGCUUUCAAGAGAUCCACGAUUUGUUCCUGGUGCAGGCGCCACCGAAGCCGAACUGGCUGUUCGACUUCUCGAGUUUGCAGACACGCUUCCUGGUUUGGAGCAGUAUGCCAUUCGAAAGUUCGCCACUGCUUUGGAGGCUUUCCCCAAGGCUUUGGCUGAUAAUAGCGGCUUGAGGUCUCAAGUGAUUCUGGAGAAAAUCCUUGACGCUCACCUGAAUGGACAGAAAAAUGUCGGUGUUGACAUCACAGCGGAAAAUUCGCUGGUAGAUGUGGUAGAAAAGCAAAUUUUCGAUCUCUACCAAGCGAAAUUCUGGGGUCUUAAGUAUGCAGUGGAUGCAGCCUCUACCAUUCUGCGGGUGGACCAAAUCAUCAUGGCUAAGCGGGCAGGAGGGCCGAAAGCGCGCGGGCCCCAAGGCAGCGAUGAUGAAUCUUAGUUUCGCCUUUCUAUUUAGAUUGGAAUUGCUGCAUUUUUUUUUUCAAGCAGCAGGUCCAAUGUAAUUUUACACGUUAAUUCUUUUAAUUCAUUAACUCGCUAGGACUUGAUUAACCUAUUUCUAAUUAAACAGCUUUGAAAAUACAA